AUGAUUGUUCACAGUGGUUUGAUCAAUGAAAAAAUCAAACUGAAAAUGCUUGAUUAUUGGAUGAAGAAGCAUGGUAAGCACAAACCUAUUCCACAUCAUGCCAAGAAUCACGAUAAAGAGUCUCUCGGAGAAGAACUGCUCAGACUUGUAGAGCUGUUCAUAGGUAGAAAUACAAGAGAUGACGCAUUCGAAAACCGGAACAUCAAGUUCAUCAAUGGCAUUGUGUUAGGAGAGAUUCUAGACGAGGAUUGGUUGGAAUUUUCUCGUACAAAGUUGAAGCUCAGUGACAAAGAAAUAGAAAACAUCAUCGGGAGACAUGGAGAGUUCAGUGAUGAGUUCAAGUAUCAGCUUAUCAAGAAGCUACAGCAAGAGGAAAUGGAAGAACCAUGCAGUCAGGAGUGGGAACUACGACAUGAUGGAGAUAGUUCAGACAUAUCAGAUGAAAAUAAUUAAAAAGUUGUUGGACAUUAUUUUGAUGAUAUGAAUGCAUUUACGAAUUCAUUUGGCAUAUAAUUCCACAAGUUAUAAGUAAUACUAGUUAAUUCAUCUUGUUAUUCCAUCGAUAUUUUAUACAUGCCUGAAGAUUUUCCGCAUUUCUAAACUAUUUGUCGACUCUUGUUUUGUAUAUGCUAUACAGUUAUUUGAAAUCCCAACUUCAAAAAUUAGAUGAGCGUGCUUCGAGGGUAAUUCAAUCUGGCCCGCCUGAUACUGCCACAACCAAACUAAAAUUAAAUUUAGAUGUUUUAGCUAAAAAAAAUUGCUCAAGGAAUUGUUGAGAUUGCGAUUAAAUAGAGUUUUGGCUCAAGUUUAUUGUUUUGCACUUACUUAUGGUUUCAGAACACUGUAAAUAUUGUUCAUAAAAUGUAACUUUUCACGUCACACUU